AUGAGUGACCGGCCGCUCAUCUACAUGCCUCCUCCGGCAAUGCAAGCAUUCUUGAGUCUCAUAGCGAUUCCCAUGUCAUUUCUCUCUAUCAUUGGGUCCUACCAUAUCAUUCGACAUGCAAGAACCGGAAACGGCCAUUCAGCGUACCGACAGAUCAUGAUGGUGUCGAGCGUUUGUGAUAUCAUUUGGUCAGCGGCAUUUGUUUUUCAACCUUUUCUUUCAGACAAUAGUCUUGAAUUCCAGCACGAGGAUGAGCUGUGGAUCUGGUCUUUUGGAAACAGCGCUUCCUGUACAUUUCUUGGAGCGAUGACUCAGUUUGGGCUAUCAGUGAAAUUCCGAGUCAAACAAGCCACCUUUGCGAAGAUAUUGCCUUUUCUUCAAGGCUUCAUAAUCUUAUGGUCUAUCGGGACUGCUGCUACAGCUGCUGCAAUGAAACGGAUUCACCCAUUGGGUCCCAGUCCAGGUUGCUGGGUCGCUGGUGACGGCUUUUGUGAAGGUAAUGAUUGCGAUGCCACGGUCCUUCUUGGAUGGGUGAUUGGGGGCAUACCUACUAUCCUGAUGCUGGUUUGUGUGGUCGUGAAUAAUCUUAUUUUGUACUGUCAUGUUCGAAGUACUGUAAAGAAAGGGCAACGGCGUGCCAUGGAAUCGCAAAUGGAGCUAUCAAGAUAUUCAUCGAGGAAUAGCAGCGGGAAAAGAGAAAAUCCUCCAGCAAGAAUAAGAAGUAUUGACAGCAGUGAUAUGUCCGUGUCUUCGACAGUUAGUCAAACUGGCGAAGUGCAAUCGGUCCAGGGUAGACUAAGUCAGAAAUCGUUCAUCUCGCGUUUGGGGAGAAGUGACGGAUCCGUAUUUACUACCAGUGGAGCUUCAGUUCUUCAUCAAAAGAACAGUGUUCUCAGGUCAUCCGAGAAACAAUGGAAAAGGGUCCAAGAAGUUGGCAAACAGUCAUUUCUCUACGUUGGGGCAUAUUUGCUGUCGUUUGGAUGGACAUUCAUCAUCAAUUUCUUGGACAGUCAAAACUAUGAGUUCAAGGAGAAUGCUGGGAACUUCUUCCUUCCAUUGCUUGUGUGCCAGUCGCUGCUACUACCAAGUAUGGGAUUCUUCAACUUUUGCGUUUACUUUCGGCCAAAAAUUCUUACAAUCUCUAGAGAGUACCCAAAUGAAUCACGGGUGUGGUGGGUGCGACGUGUAAUCUAUGGCAAUGCUAUUAAACCUACGCCAGCUAGUGCUGCGCGCCCAUCCGCAUUGAUACCCGGAUCAUCGAUACCAGAAGAACCACCAGCAACCCUCAGACUGAAUCUGGGAGGACCAGUCGCCAUGUCCUCUCUGGCCCGAGGCGACUCGAGCGCGUCUAGCGUUGAUAAAAGGAUGUCAAAAGACGAUUGCAGUGUUAUUAUGGAGGGCUCGAUGGAAGAAAGCAGUCGGAACAAUUUUGAAGCUCGAUCUAAGGAGCUCCAAACAUCUAACGGACAGCAAACAAGAGAAAGAUGA